AAUGAAGACGGCUACGUCAGAUCCUCAACUUGUGCGCCAUUUUUUUUCCUUUCAGUAGGGGAGGAAAGGGACAAAAGCUGUACAAAAACUAAUUUACGUUUGGAGUAACGUUAGUUCGAAAACAUCACCUCUGAUCUUCUUUCAACAGUGGUGUAUGUAACGAGAGGAUGCUGCUAGGAUAAGUAUCUGUGUGCAGCGCUGGCCGCAGACGCAGAUUACCGACGCACACGGGCCGGUGGAAGUGGAAAACGUUAGCUUUGUCGGAGGUGGCACAGCGACAACUAUCGUUAACCCAUACGGAAUACUGGACGAGGCUUGUGAGGAAUAAUGUAUCAGGUUCCAGUGGGAAGUACCGAGAAGAUCCGAAAAGCACGCAAAGCAGUGAAAAACAUACUUUCUGAGAUUGGCCUGGAAGAUUGCCAAAAGCUGCUGAAGGAUCUCAGUGAAAACUCAGAGAAAAAUUCAGAUGAAGAUGAGGCCUUUCAAGACACUGAAUGGUUUGAUUUCACAGAUGGAUACAAUGGCAAACUACAGAAAAAGUGGCCUUAUCGGUCUCGAUCUCUGUGCUGUACCCUGUGCAAGUACUCUUCACAAAACAUCUGCAACUUCAGGGCUCAUGUCUCUCGCUGCCACGGAUAUGUUCAGUCAUUCUGUGCGCUGGCACCCUGUUCUCAUUGUGUCUUCAUUGGCCACCCCAAGGUUGUCAAGAAGCACAUGUUGUUCUUCCAUUCCAAACCUACAACCCAUAUACAACCACCAAGAGAAGGAUCCUUAACAACCCAUCGGGGAAAUGAGAGGUAUCAGUGUCGAAAAUGUGGAUUUCCAACCUCUUCUAUCUUUGCAAUGAAGAAGCACAUUAUUCUCAAGCAUUUGGAGAGUGUGGCAGAACAGUAUAUUGGUUACAGAUUACACCUUCAAGGGCCUGCAUCUGCAAAGGUCUACUGCUGCAAGGUGUGUAAGGUGAAUACUGGAACUCUGGACCAGAUGUUGCAUCACAUGCUGGUUGAGCCAUCACAUUAUUCAGUCAGUACACAAGUGCAAAGUAUGAUUCAUGAAAACAAGAACUAUACCAUAAAACCAACACCUAAUGGGAAUGGCGUGUUUGUGACAUUUCCAAGUAUUGCUCCUAAACCACAACAACCUCAAAUAUUCAAUAGUAAGCCUGUGGUUUUACCAAGUAAUGGGCAACCAGCUGGGACUGUGGUGGCAUUACAACAACUUCAAGGAAGUACAAACAGUACUACUCUGAUCUGUACCCCUGGAACCAACCAAGCUUUUCUGCCCCCUCAAGCGUCAGCACUGGUGCAGCUAGCUAGUGCUGAGGCUAAAGGUUUGCUUCAGCCUGGUGCCACAAUAGCUCUCCGAAGUACUUUGCCUCAAACACCAUCUUUGGUUCACCUUCCCGCAGUGUCUAAUGUGUCUCUGAAACAGGCACCAGUGGCUCUAGCGCCCACUGCUGUACAACCACAGCAGACUCCACAAGCUCGGCAAAUCCUCGUUUCGUCAGGACUGCAAGCAAAUGUGGCGGCUAGAGCAGGCACUGACCCUAAGCCUGCUCUAGUUGCACAAAAUGCAUCAACAAACCAAAUCAUCCUACAAGGUACCAUGCUAACCUCACAGUCUCUGCUGAGUCACCUGAUCCCAACUGGCAACAGGGUGAAUGGCAUGCCCACAUACACAUUUGCUCCACUUCAAGUAGCAAUGCCUGUCUCUCAGAGCAGUACCCCUCUCAAGGCUGUUGAGCAAACAAGUAACUCUUUACCACAAACUAAGAAAUGGAUUACCUGUCCCCUGUGCAAUGAACUUUUCCCCUCCAGUGUCUUUGACAUGCAUACAGAAGUUGCCCACCAGACAAAAUCCCCUACAACCAAGUCUGAAAGUUUGGCAGCACGAGCAGCGUUCCUGAAGAAAAUGCCUGACAAAACUGUCAAAUGUCUAACGUGCAAAGUUCUACUAUCAGAAAAGAGCGUCUUCCAACAUCUGCUGCAUGGCCUGAAUUGUUUGUACUGCUCGGCUUUGUUCUUUUCAAUCAAACAGCUUGCAGAGCAUAUAAAGCAUCACAAUCCUACAAGCAAGGCAUACUGUGAUUUCCUGAGGCAGAAGUACAGGGUCUACUCAAAAGGUGUUGGAGGAAUUCUAUUCCCUUACUUUGAUGUCCAAACAACUGCACCAAAAGAGAUACUCGGAGACACAGAGGUCAAUCUUGCCCUGGUCACAAGCUCCCUUGACCUCAUCUUCUUUAAGCUGCAGCCCAGCAGCCAGUCAGAAAUCUGCACAGCACCUGUGAAAAUCAAUACUGCUUACUGUCCCUUCUGUGAUGAAAAGUUUCAGAAUGAAUCCAAACACCUCCAGCACUUAAAACAAAAGCACUUUGUAGCACCCACCAUUCAUGCCAUUCUCAAGACGGAGGCUUUCAAAUGCAUAUACUGUAAUGGUGUUUACACAGGAAAGGUCACCCAGCAGGCUGUGAUGCUCCACAUUCAGCGAUGCCGUUGUUCACCAAAACCACCACAGCCACCCAAACCUGCAGUGGCACCACAACAGCCUACAAAACUAGUUCAGCAGCCCAGUCAGCCAUCUGGGCUCUACUUUCUCCAAGUGCCACAAGGGCUUACCAUGAAACAAACUUUAACUCCAGCUCGUGUGAUUACAGCUGCACCCCGUCCUGAGCCUCCAGAGACAGAAGCAGAGCUGCAGUCCAAGAAGAGGCUGGAAGCUGCAUUGAAGCAGGUCAUUGAGGCCAACAAACGAGAGCGAGAAGAAAGGGCAGCAAUGCGCAAGAAGCGAGAGCAGGAAAAGUUGUUGCCCCAACCAGAGCCUGAGAUUCAGAGUGACCCCACAGUGAAGCUGGUGUUGGAGCCCAGCCCAGUUGAGCGCCGCUGCAGCGGGGAACGCAGAGACUUCAUAUCCAAAUACUUCAACAUGAACCCCUAUGCGACCAAAGCCGAGACCAACGAACUGUGCAGGAGGCUGUCUCUCACUAAAGCAGAGCUCGCGGCCCUCUUCAGCAAGAAGCGCAGCAAGUGUGUGAAGAGUCUCAAGAGGAACACGGCUACUGUACUCCUCGGCUUCAACAUGACCGAACUGCGCAAACUUAAGCACAACCUUAUCGUCCCAGAAGAGCAGUUGCAAUGCGAUACAACUGAGCAAAAAGAAAACAGUGAAGAUGGACCAGAACCGAUGGAUGAAAGUGGAAAUGAAAAACCUGUAGAUGGGGAACAGGUGGAGCAGAUGGAAUAAGUUUAGAAAUGUGUGAAAGUGGAAUGAUAUGAAAACAGCUAAUAAUGCACAUGCAGAUGUCCCUGAUUAAAACCCUGGUACUUUAAUGAUGGCCUUGAGUGUUGACAGUCACUAGAGAUGUUUUUUUAAUGCAGUACAUAUAGUGCAAUUCCUAACAUACAAGUUACAUGUAACAGAGGGCAGUAUCUUACUGUAGCUGUCAUCUGACCUCAGUCUGUGGUCCAUAUUCUAAUUUCCACAUCAUCAGACAGAGAUAAUGAAAUAUUAUGGUGUCGACUGUUCUGUUGGGCUAUAACAUAUUUCAGUUCAUAAAUCUCAUUCAGCCGUGGCUGUCUUCAAUAUUCAAUUCAAGCACUGAUGUGUUCCUCAUGGCUGUGUUCUUCAACCCUUUACUUAAGGCCAUUUGUACAAGUGAGUGAUUUCUGUGUCAGUGCGUGUCUGCUAAUGACAAGGCUGUAGUGGCAAUGUCAGUAUAGGGUUGAGUUAUAUUAUGCUUCACAAAUACAUUUCUUUGCAUAAUUGGACCUAUUUGCCAUUCGUGUUCUUUUACUCCAUAUUUUACUCCAUAUUUUUGAUGCUGUUUUCUUCUCUAUAUUUAAACUUUUUUUUUUUUUUUGCUCACCAACUCCCACAGACCAUUUCUGAGAAUGUUCAUCUUGCUGUUUUGAAGCCAAAUUGUAAAGAAUGUACAAAUAUUUGAUUUGAAAUUUUACUGAAUUCCCAGAUUUAAUGCACACUUGGUUAUUCUAUGUCCCUGACCAUGUUGCUUGCACAAGCCUUUGGUUUACUGUUCGAUGAAGUUAUUUGUGCCAUUGUAAAGUCUUCAUAUUUGCAUAGACUUGUGGAAACUAACUUAGAGAUUCAACAAAACAUAAAAUGUUAUUAGGUGUUGAUUCUGCCAUCAUGUAUGUUCUGUUCGCCUCACUGCUGUUUUUGUACUAUACUGUAUUUUCUAUAACUCCUAGAGGAUCAGAAAUGUUGGGAGAGGUAAACAUUCUCAUUCUGUCCUAAGCCACUGUGUUGUAGAAAAAUAAAGUGGUUUGAUUUACAUAAAUGAUUCAUAAAUUCUUUAUUUUGUAAUACAGUGGUUUUAAUCAGACUGUGUUAAAGCAUCGUGAGGUCAUUUCAUUGACUGACCUGGAAAAUCAUUCAGACUUUACCAGAAUGGUUAAAGUCAUAAAAGGUUGACACGAGUUAAGACUUAAGGGUUUUUAUCUGUUUAAUAUUCUCCCAGGAAAUACAGAGUUUAAACAGUUUCAUUGAUGCCCUAAAAUACAUUGGCCAUGAUACUUUUCAAAUAAAUUGCUCAGUAGCAGCUCCAAAUAAGAUUUAUGUUGUGGCCCAGCCAACGGUUCAUUAAGUGCAUGCAUGACUGACUUAUAGCCACACGAGUGCAGGUGCUAGUUCUACUUCAUAACUACUUUUAGGCCAAAUCUCAAUUCACCCCCUUGCCUCUACCGCUUUACCAUACCCCUCAGUUUUGCAUGCACAUGUGUAGUGUUUGGGGCAUAGGGCAAAGUGAUAGGGCCACAUAACCCUUCAAACAUACGUUUUUCAGAGGGAGACUCAAAACUGAGUGGUAUAAGCCUAAUUACAAGAAAUGUUAUCUGGAGUUGAUGCUAUGCAUCUCAAACACAAUCCACUAACAUUUCCUAGUGCCAAAAACAUGCCUAUCCUCGCAUUUUCUUUUGCUGCUGUUGAAAAUUGCAAACUGAUACCUAUAGACUACACGAGAAAUUACCACUACAAAUUUAUGACCAAAAUUCACUGCAUCUGCUUACUUAACCAAAAUCAUUAAUUACCCAUGAUGCAUAGAGGUCUUGAAGAGGUGCCCCAUUUCAUAGGGGAAGAUUUCAACCACUACUUAUAAAUCUGUUUACUCAAAAACCAGGGACCUCUUGAAAAUGAGUGGUGGGGGUAAAAAAAAAAGAAAGAAAUGGGAUUGGGCCCAAAUCACAAUUCUACUUUAUGAUUUUAAGGUGAACUAUAAUUAUAAAGAACCCAUGGCAUGCUUUUCUGUUUUCUGACUUAUCUACAGUGUUACAACUAUGAAUUAUCAUUUUAAAUGUGAUUGAAAGCUCAAAAAUGAGGUGUACUUAUGUUGUACUUCUAUGCAGAGGCAACCUGGUUUAUAUACUUGCGAGCUGUUGAGUUUUACAUGACCGGCCUUGGGUUGAAAAGUGUUUCCCCUCUUCAAAACUCGCUUUCAUGUAGCAACACCCUCAGUGGUUGUGGCUAGGAUAAUGUUAGGAGUCACGUUAGGGGAAACAAGAUUUCAACACAACACCAGCAACAGCUUUGCGCAUUCACAA